AAUAAAUGAAAAUAAAAAAUUAUUUGAACGUGCAUACAGAUUCCAAACAGGGCAGCGAGCCAAGAGUGUGAGCGCGUCGAUUUCAAAUUCUCCCAAUAAAGACGAUGAACCCGCUAAAACACUUUCAAACAUCAAAUCCGAACGUUCAGAUGGAGGUGCUUUACGCGAAGCUCUACAGCAAGUACACCAAUCUGAAGAAAGAAAAAGAAUCUGAAUUUGACGAGCUGAAUCGUGAUCAAGAAGUGAAAUUCUCGAAAUAUGCGGAUGCUGCAGAUGAAAUAAUAGAGCACUUGAAAAGUGAGAACGAAAAGCUGACUGGACAAGUUGAUGAAUUGAAAUAUGAAUUGGCUUCUAGUGAAGAACAGACUGUUCACUACCAAAAGCUUUUGACGGAAGAGAACCAGAAAAAUGAGGAACUCUCGAAAGAAAUCAAAAGGCUCCAAAAGCUUCAAGACAACUCACAUGACGAUACCCCAGCUGAAGAAACGCACGAUGGAUCUCCUAUAAAAUCGACGAAAAAACGUAAAUUAGUGCGUAGUACUGAAGACAGAGCUACGUCAUCUGCUGAUGUGGAACUUGACCGGCAAGCAGAUCAACAUAUUAUGGUUCACCCUGCCUGCUGUCAAAGAAAAAUUAACGGUUCAGGUGGUGAUGUGGCAGGCACUAGUUCUGUCAACUGCGUGUUUCAGUAUCUUGUUGAGUUUGUAGUUGGCAUGAAAGUAUCGCCUCUUUCUCAAAGUAAUGAACUAUGUAUAUUGGUGCAUCACCAAUCGAGCGGUUAUUCGUUCAGCCUGACAUGGAUAACUAAUUCAAAGGGCGAAGUAGAAUUGCUAUACCGUGUGUUGUCGUUGGGCACAUUUGAAAGAGUUGCACCAGAGUGGAUGAAGGAGACGCUCGUUUUCAGCACAAGUAUGUGCAGUGUCUUUUUCGAGAGGGUUUCUCGUGUUAUCAAAAGUUAACGGUUGACCGUUUUUCGUUUUUUUUUUUUUGUUUUUUGUUUUGUUGUUUAAUGUGCUGAACAAUGUGUGAUCAUAGUCCAUCUGACCUUAGAUAAAACAUCAUUGUACUACUUGUAAUAUAUUCUGGAGAAUUCGCU